AUGAUUUGUGGAUUUGUGCCAAAUUGCGAGUAUUUUCCAAUACUUAAUGUACUUUUUUUUUUAAUUAAGGUUUAGAUGAUAUGAGGAUAAUAGGUUUUUAUGUUGUUAGGGGUCUCUGUUGUUAAACUAAUUCCGUUAGUAAUGGAAAAAGAAACUAUUGUUUAAAGCAUGUGCACACCAACUUCGUACAGGAAGUUUUUUAUCUGCGAAAUUUUCAACAGUAUUUCUCUUGAUGUGGUUCAUAAGUCUGAAACCUCAAAGUGUUUGAUGAAGAUUCAAGUGUUGGGUGUUAUAGUUAGUAUAAGGAAGUUUUCUCAAAGGACAAUUUACACUAUUGAUGAUGGCUCAGCAAAAAUUGAUUGUGCUUCAUGGCAUAAGGAACCAACUGUGAUUGAAAAAAUUAAAGACUUAGAAAAAAAAGUACAAAAUGAUAAUCAAGAAUUGAGCGAGGAAGCCAAAGAAUUUUCCCACUUGCUGCUAAAUAAAGUUGAGCGUACAGAAUCUCUUCCGAGAGAAAAUUAUACCCAUGGUGAUGUUUUAAUAUGUUUGGGAAUUGUGAAAGCUGUAAGAGGGAAAUUGUUGAUUGAUAUUCAUCACCAUUAUAAAGUUGUUGAUGUUGAUGCAGAAACUAUGUGGACCUAUGAUAUUUUGUUGGCAAGAAAACUGACCAAACCUUCUUGAUGGCACAAGGUCCAGCUUCUUAACUCUUUUAGUGCUAGCCUAGAUUGAUGACUGACUAAUUCAUCGUCAUUUUUGCUUUAUUACAAAUCAUAUUUGCAUUACAUUUUGAAGUUCAUAUUGAAGGAUGAAAACUUAUUGUUGUGUU